ACGUUUAAACACUUGUCGUGUUCAGAAGCACGCGGAAGAGAGGUGCGCGCCAAUCGAGAGAAGCUAUAGAUCCGAUCGGUGUGUCGAACAGGUAGAUCGUACAAGAGACGAUCUUCUCUCUAAAAAGAUUCUAUAUCAUACCUGUUUAGUAAUUAAAUUUAAUUCGUUCGAUUUUAAAGAAACGAGAAUAACAUCAGAUGUGGAAGAGGAAACUAUCGAAAUAAUUAUAAUUCUGUAAAGAUAAACGAGUUUAAUGGAGUAUCUACAAGAAUGUCAGAAAUCGAUGGAGGGGAGUCAGUAGUGAUUAAUCGUUAAACUGCUAAUGUUUUAUCAUUCCAGCAAUUGGUGAAGAUCUUUAAAAACUCGGUGAUGUUUCUUUAUCGUCGAUUUUAUUACGAUUCAACAACGACUUGUUACUGACAUCGAACGUCGCAACGUCGUAACGUUGAAAAAGAAAAGGAAGACAAAUAAUCAUCCUAUUCGCUUACAAAGGACAACUUAACGAAUGUAAUCGACUAACAAACAUGACUGGGAUCAGCUUUAAAAAAAUAAUUAAGGGAAGAAUUCCUCUCUUAAAAUGGUUACCUCUUUACAGAGGCAAAGAUGCGCUCGGUGACCUCGUUGCGGGUCUCACAGUCGGAUUGACCUUGAUACCUCAGGCGAUAGCCUAUGCAGGAUUGGCUGGUCUUAGUCCACAGUAUGGCCUUUACAGUGCGCUAAUAGGAAGCUUCGUUUAUAUCGUUUUUGGUACUUGUAAAGAGGUCAACAUCGGUCCCACCGCUCUAAUAUCCUUGCUGACUUUCACUUAUGCGAGGGGAAUUCCAGAGUAUGCAAUCCUUCUCUGUUUUUUAUCAGGUUGCAUAACUAUUAUCUUUGGUAUUCUACGACUAGGAUUCCUAGUAGAAUUCGUGUCGGUGCCCGUUGUUGCUGGUUUUACAUCUGCAACGAGUCUAAUAAUUGCUUGCAGUCAAAUCAAGGGUCUCUUGGGUUUGAAAAUACACGCCGAAAGUUUCAUAGAUAUAUGGAAGGAAUUGUAUAAUAAUAUUGAUCAAACGAGAUUUCCAGAUCUUAUUCUUUCCUGCUGUUGCAUUUUUGUUUUGCUGCUUUUAAAGAUUCUGAAGGAUAUCAAAUUUCGAAACGAAUUCCUAAAGAGGUUCUUUUGGUUCCUAGGAACAGGGAGAAAUGCCCUUGUUGUUCUUAUUUGUGCCGUGGCAUCGUAUAUCUUUGAGAUUCAGAAUGGAGCACCUUUCCUUCUUACAGGUCACAUCGAUGCAGGUUUACCGCGAGUGGAACCUCCAUCCUUUACGAUUACAAUCGGGAACGAAACUCAAACUUUUCUCGAUAUUUGUAAACAUUUUGGGUCUGGUAUUAUUGUUGUACCAUUGAUUUCUAUUAUUGGAAACGUUGCCAUCGCCAAGGCCUUCUCACGCGGACAAACUCUAGAUGCCACGCAAGAGAUGUUAACUUUAGGACUUUGUAAUGUAAUCGGUUCAUUCUUUCAAUCCAUGCCAAUUACUGGUUCUUUUUCCAGAAGCGCUGUAAACAACUCUUCUGGUGUUAGAACUCCAUUAGGAGGACUUUAUACAGGCAUUCUGGUUAUACUUGCUCUAAGUCUAUUAACGCCAUAUUUUUAUUACAUACCCAAAGCUACUUUAAGUUCAGUUAUAAUAAGUGCAGUCAUAUUUAUGGUUGAAAUAAAUAUAUUACGGCCGAUUUGGAGAAGCAGUAAGAAAGAUCUUAUCCCGGCUUUCAUCACGUUUUUCGCAUGCUUGUUUGCCGGUGUUGAACUAGGAAUUUUGAUAGGCAUCGCAAUCGACCUACUUAUAUUAAUUUAUUUCAAUGCCCGACCAACCAUGUACAUCGAAUAUAGAAAAAAUCCUAUAGCAAAUUACGUUCUCGUUCGUCCAAGCGCUGGACUCUUAUUUCCUGCAGUUGAUUAUCUGAGGAUAUACUUGACUGAAACGUUAAACGAUAAUAAGCAUAAAAAAUCAUUUAUACAUUCCAAAAAUAUGAAAUAUGUCGUACUGGAUUGCGGAUAUAUCGACAAAAUCGAUUUUACUGCGGCACAGGGCAUUAGCACUCUGGUCAAAGAUUUCAAAGAUAACGAUCGCUAUUUAAUAUUACUACGGCCGAUCACAGAAAUUUUACAAAGUAUACAAUCUCUUACCAACGAGCCGAUCAUUAUUGCAAAAACAGAUGUGGAUUUGUUAACCAUGUUAAAAGAGUUCAAUGGAAUUAAGUGCAUGGAUUCAGAAACAUAUACCAUACCUCAUGAUUUUAUAAGAAAGACUUUCGUCGAAGCGAGAGACGAGUUCGCCAGUACAAAUCUAUGAUUUAUUUUAUAUCGAUUCAUCGAUAACAAACAAUGUGACACCAUAGAGUAUUAUUUUUUGCAUAAUUCCCCUACAGGUUUGUUUUGUAAAUAUGUUAAUGAAUAAUAUUUAAAAAAAAAAGAACAUAGGUUUAAUGCACAUAUUACAAAAUUUGAUUUUAUUAUUUUUAAUACAAAAAAUGAAAAUGGUGUAUAAACUAUAUAAUAUAAUAACAAUGUCUCAUAUAUAUAUAUAUAAAAAAAAAAAGAAAAACUUAAAAAUUAGAUAUACUCGUCUAUAUAUUAUUUUAUUACAAAGUUUUUAUACGUUAACUUUUUUGUCAUCUUUAAUCUAUUUAAUUGAAUUAAUAAUGAAUUAGUACAACGAAAAAUGAAAACAUUUUAAAGAAAUAAUUUUUUAUAACAUAAAGUCAUGUUUUUAUCACAUAAAUAUAGGAACUUGCUGAACAUACUGUUCCAAAAAAAAGACUUGUUUAUAUUUUAAUAUAAAUAUUCAUAAAUUUUCACAAAUAUAUAAAUUGCUUUUUUUUAUUAUUAAUAAAAAAAAAGACAUACCCUAUUGAAAGUCAUGAUAAAUGUACUGCUUAAGUGUUUUCUAGAAUAGAAUAUUAAUAAUAGAAGAACUUUAUAUUAAUUAUACCAAUUGUAUAAACUGUUAUAUGAAUUAUAUAAAAAAAAAAAAAGAUAACCA